AUGGUCUCAUCAACCCAUUGCUUGAGAGGAAGACAUCGAGGCCAGGGUAUCCAAAAAUAUAUCAAAACUCAAGCGCCACGUCUGCAUUCAGUCGGUAGAUGGUUGGCGAAACUCGUCAGCUCACGUGACCGUUUUAUUCCAAGGGGGCACCGCGAGGAAAUCCGAGACUCCAACUCUCUUUAA